UCAUUCUGUAGUCGAAGCGAAACUGUCCAUUUAAACGGCUGUAUUUGCAUUUAAUAUUCUUAAACACAAACGUUUUAACUAAAAUAAAGUCUCUUAAAAACAUCAUUUAAUUACAAUUGUAACUUGGUGUCGUAUUAAAAUAGUGAAAAUUAAUAAUUAUCGAAUUAAAUUAAGAUGGUAUCCUGGUUUAGAGACACGGUUAUAAUAUUUUUUUGUUUAAGUGUUUUUGUGAGUUCAAUGAGUACUGGUGUCAAUAAGGAUGUCAUAGGUUUUCCGGAGUACGAAGAGAAUCCACUGUUAGUAAAUAAACAGAAUCGCAUGCCCGUAUAUUUACCGGCAAAGUGUCCAGAGAACGAGCUCUAUUAUCCCGGAGAUCAAACCGACGACUGGAUUUGCGAUUGUCGCCCCGGAUUCCUCUUUCACCCGGACACGGACAAAUGUUGGCUGGCUUACCAACAGGGUCCGUGUCCCGAAGAACAGUAUUUAACUUUGCCCAAAGACUCCAUGAUACCGGUGUGCGUGCCGAAUCCGUGCAAAACGUACUCAAUGGUUCCGUGGAAGGGACAAUGUGAGAAGUUGGGCUCAAGCGUCUGCGGCGACACGUUCCCUGCCAAAGUCCUAUGGGUGAAUGCAACGACGUCCACCAUUGAUUGCGUGAAAAUCCACAUAAACAACAGAUUUUCUAUUGAUUUGGAGAUAGAAGUCACUACAACUUGCCCGCUUGGAUGUAGACGGCAUCUGCACAACGAAUGUACGCCCGAAAUUGUAGUAUAACCAAAGAUUUUAUACUGUGUGUUACGUGCCUACAAAAUCACCGCAAAUAGUGAUACGAAUUUAGCUAAAUACUCCACUGAGAGCACACAUGCACAAUAUUGUGUAUAUUCACAUUUUAUACAAUUCCUAAACAAGCAACUCGAUAUUGUAGACAUUAGGUAUUAUUUGUUUAAAUAACUUUCGUUGUUUAUGCGACUAACAGAAAUUAAGACAAUUAGCCACUUUUGUUCACCUCAGUUAGUGACAUAUCUAUUAGUAUAAAAUCUUUGAGUAUAACUCUUAAUUAUUUUAUUUGCGUCUUGGACAGUUUAAAAAUUUUAAAACUUUAAGCUAUUGUGAAUAACAAUUAAUAAAAUAUGAGUAGCCUUGUCAGGAAUAUAAAAAAUGGCUGAAACCGCUACAAUCACUUUUUUCUGCCGUUUCAGUCACAAGUCUUCCAAAAAGGAGUUAUAAUUUACUCCUUUUUGAAAGCCCGAGUUCUACUUUAAUCGCAUUUAAUUACGUAAACAUAUUAUAGUCACUGUUUAGAUCACUUAGUUUGCAAGUUGAACACAGAACAGUAAGAUACCACUUAAGCUUAGCUUUAAUUUAUAUAUUUUUUAUAUUUCUGGUGCAUGUGCAAAAGUCACAUAACUUCAUUAAUAGCCGAUGGUCGUCCACUACUGGACAUAGGUCUCUUGCAUGGACUUCCAAACACAACGGUCUCGAACCGCCAGCAUCCAGCGGCUCUCUGCAACCCGCUUGAUGUCCUCAGUCCACCUAUUGGGGGGUCGACCAACAUUGCGCUUUCCGGUGCGGGGUCGCCAUUUUAGCACCUUGGAACCCCAACGAUAUUCUUACUAGUAUCUACUGAAUCUACUCUAUCUACAUCUAGUAUGAAUCCGUCCAGAAGUCCUUUGUAACAAGCGAGCAAAGAGCUUUAAUAGAUAGAUACGUAAGUAUAGUUACGAAAAUGGGUAUAUUUCGGGGAAAAUUUCGAACCCCAAAAGUUAAUUCGUUUAAGCAAUCUUAAGUUCUUUUGUUUUAUCUUUAGAUAUCAAUUAAACAAGUAGGUAAGAGAAU